CAGUGGAUGGAAUGACGGGUUCCAAGUUCUCUCUAAAAGAAAUUGCCGCUGCCUUCGCUGCGUGGAAAAAAACGCCGCUCAAGAGAAGUAACCGGACCAAUCUCACAUGACAGGAGUGUAAGCCCCAGAUCUGUCAGUCUCUGGUAACGAGCCCUCCGUCUCUCUGUUAGAACAGACUCAGGUUCCAUCUUAGCUGCUCAAUCCGAAAAUGCUCUUCAGGAGGUUGAUAGAAGUGGAACCACCGAGCCCGGUUAGGUACUUUAUCGGAGCGGCGAUAAUGGUGAUUGGAGUUGUAUUGCCCGUCGGAUACAUGAUGUUCCGAAACAAGCGUGUCCCUUCCUCUUCCUCUUACUCCAAACAGACGUAGGAACAAAGUUUUGAUAUAGAGAGACCGAGAAAUGGAAGCUUUGGAUUCGAUUUGUGGGUCAUAACGUAUGAAGAAGAUUUACUUAUCAAAAAAAAAAAAAACGUAUGAAGAAGAUGAUUGAGAAAAAGGAUUUUCAGACCCUCCAAGUACAAAUGUAAAUUUAUUGGAAAUCCUAUUCUAUUAUAUGGGGGGAUUCUGACGUCAUAUUUGCUAAAUGGUAUGUGUGCAUUUCAAAUCAUUUUUGGUCUUGGAUUUUAUCGUCGAGCUGAUUUCAUAUAGUGGGUUAGAUUUGGUCCAUCUUUAUGUCUUGGCAUUUGAGCGACAUUUAGCUUGCUGCUGUCCACCAAUAAGCUGUUGUUAUAGGAAUUUCUUUAAGAACUAUUUUUUUUUUAUAAGUAAAGGAAUUUCUAGAAGAACUAA